AAAGAUAAUUUGCGCUCUUCCUGUAGAGAUAGAGAGAGAGAGAGAACAUUCAGCAACGGAAAAUCAGCCAUCUAUCUAUCUAUACAUACAGAGAGAGAAAGGGGUAGAUAGCUGUAUCUAUGUAUAUAUAUCACAUAUGAACAGAGGGCAAUGUAGAGAGAGAAGGCAGGGCUACUUGCAGACAGAGGAUACGGUUUAUGAAAUCUGAAUCUGAAAGUCACAAUUGAAAAGGCGAAAAAGAAGAAGUUGAAUUUUGAUUUAAUUUUUUUUCUUAUGCUUUCACGGUGAAGAUAAAUAGAGUGGGAAUGGCGACGCCAUUAACAACGGGGAUACAGAACGGCGGCGUAGCAGUGAUGGCGGCCGGGUCGGCUGUGGGCCAAAUGGAUCACUCCGGGCCGGCAAACAAGGCGCUGGGCGUGAAUGGCUCGUCACCGAUUCGGAUUUUCCUCUUCUUUCACAAAGCAAUUCGGGCCGAGCUGGGUGGGCUCCACAUGGCGGCGAUGGACUUGGCGACGAAUCAGAACAGUGAUAUUAAGCCAUUGCAGGAAAGGUGUCACUUUUUGAGGUCGAUUUAUAAGCACCACUGCAAUGCGGAGGAUGAGGUUAUUUUUCCAGCACUUGACAUCCGUGUGAAGAAUGUCGCAAGGACUUAUUCCCUUGAACAUGAGGGAGAAAGUGUUCUUUUUGAUCAAUUGUUCGCAUUGCUAGAUUCUGAUGUGCAGAAUGAAGAAAGUUAUCGGAGAGAGUUAGCUUCCUGUUCUGGUGCUCUUCUAACGUCCAUUUGCCAGCACAUGUCUAAGGAAGAGGAGCAGGUCUUCCCUUUGCUUAUUGAAAAAUUCUCAUUUGAAGAACAGGCAUCACUGGUAUGGCAGUUCCUAUGCAGCAUUCCUGUUAAUAUGAUGGCUGAAUUUCUGCCUUGGCUAUCAUCCUCUAUUUCAUCUGAUGAGUGUCAUGAUAUGCGUAAGUUCUUACACAAAGUAAUUCCGGAUGAGAAGCUCCUUCAACAGAUUAUUUUCACAUGGAUGGAUGGGCAAAAGAACAAUAAAAAACGUAAGACUUGUCAAGAUCAAUUGAAUCACCACACUGCCUCAGAUUCUGUGCCAAAGGGGAAUGGCAAAUGUCCUUGUAAAUCUUCUAGGAGUGCUAAAAGAGAUUGUCCUGUUUUGAGUUGCAAUACAGUAUCCACUCUAGAUUGUCCAAUAGAUGAGAUAUUGCAUUGGCACAAGGCUAUAAAAAUGGAACUGAGUGACAUAACUGAAGCUGCCAGGAAGAUAACUUUGUCUGGAGAUUUUUCUGAUUUGUCUGCCUUCAACCAAAGGCUUCAAUUUAUUGCUGAGGUUUGCAUUUUUCACAGCAUCGCUGAGGACAAAGUUAUAUUCCCUACUGUAGACACAGAGUUGUCUUUUGCCCAGGAGCAUGCAGAAGAAGAAAAUGAGUUUGGUAAGCUCAGAUGCCUCAUAGAAAACAUUCAGAGUGCUGGAGCUAACUCACCUUCUACUGAAUUUUAUUCAAAGUUAUGCUCUCAUGCUGAUCAUAUAAUGGAGAUAAUAGAGAAGCACUUCCACAAUGAGGAAGUUCAGGUUCUUCCACUUGCACGGAAACAUUUUAGCCCAAAAAGGCAGCGGGAACUGCUUUAUCAGAGCUUGUGUGUGAUGCCACUUAGACUGAUUGAAUGCGUCUUACCGUGGUUAGUAGGAUCAUUAAAUGAGGAGGAUGCAAGGUCUUUUCUGCACAAUAUGCAUAUGGCAGCUCCGGCAUCAGACACUGCGUUGGUAACACUUUUCACUGGUUGGGCAUGCAAAGGCCGUACAGGAGAUACUUGCUUGUCUUCUAAUGCAACAGGUUGCUGUCCUGAUGAAAUACUGUCAGGAAAUCAAGAUUUUAUAGGCAGAUGUUUUUGUGCCAGAAGUGAAUCUUUCUCAUAUGCCCAAGAAGAUUACCAUGAACGAUGUUCAAAUUCUACUUUAGGAGAGAGAUGUGAUCCUUCUGGAACAGGAAAACUUCAUAAAGUAUCUUCUAGUAAUCAGUCUUGUUGUGUCCCUGGAUUAGGAGUAAGCAGCAACAACCUGAUAAUCAAUUCCCUUGCUACAGUGAAAUCUUUGCGCUCUUUGUCUUUUGGCACUAAUGCUCCUUCUCUUAACUCUUGCCUCUUCAACUGGGAAAAUGAUUACAGCUUGAACAACAAUGGGCAUGCAACACGGCCAAUUGAUAAUAUAUUUAAAUUUCAUAAAGCAAUACGCAAAGAUUUGGAAUUUCUGGAUGUUGAAUCUGGGAAACUUGUUGAUUGCAAUGAGACUUUUUUUAGGCAAUUUGGUGGUAGAUUUCGUCUCUUAUGGGGCUUGUAUAAAGCUCAUAGUAAUGCUGAGGACGACAUAGUAUUCCCCGCAUUAGAAUCGAAAGAGACUCUGCAUAAUGUUAGUCAUUCUUACACCCUGGAUCACAAGCAGGAAGAAAAACUAUUUGAGGACAUUUCAUCUGCACUUGCUGAACUUUCUCUGCUCCAUGGAAGCUUGGGUAACAGAACAUUUACAGGACAUCCUAGUAUUGACAGUUCUAACUCUUAUGACCUGAAUGAUAAUUUGAGAAAAUACAAUGAGCUUGCUACAAAAAUUCAAGCAAUGUGCAAGUCCAUGAAAGUUACUCUGGAUCAACAUAUUUUACGUGAAGAGGUUGAACUCUGGCCACUGUUUGACACACAUUUUACUGUUGAGGAGCAAGAUAAACUAGUUGGUCGAAUUAUAGGAACUACUGGAGCAGAGGUUCUCCAAUCAAUGUUGCCCUGGGUGACUGCAGCUCUUACUCAGGAAGAGCAAAACAAAAUGAUGGAAACAUGGAAGCAAGCAACUAAAAAUACAAUGUUCAGUGAAUGGCUGAAUGAGUGGUGGGAGGGCUCUCCACCUGAAAGUUCACAGGCAAAUAUAUCAGAAAACUGUAUAUCACAAGGUUAUGAUUUACAUGAAUCUCUGGACCAAAGUGAUGGUACAUUUAAGCCUGGAUGGAAAGAUAUCUUCAGAAUGAAUCAAAAUGAGCUUGAAUCGGAGAUAAGAAAGGUCUCUCGGGAUUCAUCUCUUGAUCCAAGAAGAAAAGCUUAUCUCAUUCAAAAUCUCAUGACCAGUCGCUGGAUAGCUUCUCAGCAGAAGUUGCCCCAAGCAGGAACUGGUAAAACUUCAGAUGGCGAUGAUCAAUUUGGAUGUUUUCCAUCGUUUCGUGAUCCAGAGAAACAAGUCUUUGGUUGUGAACAUUACAAAAGAAACUGCAAGCUUCGUGCUUCCUGUUGUGGAAAACUGUUUACAUGCAGGUUCUGUCAUGACCAAGUUAGCGACCAUUCUAUGGAUAGAAAGGCAACCACUGAAAUGAUGUGCAUGAGAUGUCUUCAAAUACAACCAGUUGGCCCCGCGUGCAGGACUCCAUCUUGUGAUGGACUUUUGAUGGCAAAAUAUUAUUGCAGUAGCUGUAAAUUUUUUGAUGACGAAAGGACAGUCUAUCAUUGCCCAUUUUGCAAUUUAUGCCGGCUGGGUAGUGGACUUGGUGUCGACUUCUUUCAUUGCAUGACCUGCAAUUGUUGUUUGGGAAUGAAACUUGUGGACCACAAAUGCCGGGAGAAAGGUCUUGAAACCAACUGCCCUAUAUGUUGUGACUUUUUGUUCACAUCAAGUGAAACUGUGAGAGCUCUUCCCUGUGGCCAUUUUAUGCAUUCAGCUUGCUUUCAGGCAUAUGCUAGAACACACUACAUCUGUCCUAUAUGCAGCAAGUCAAUGGGAGACAUGUCGGUGUACUUUGGCAUGCUUGAUGCUUUAAUGGCUUCUGAGAUUCUUCCAGAAGAGUUUAGAAACCGUUGUCAAGAUAUAUUAUGCAACGAUUGUGACAAGAAGGGUACUGCACGGUUUCAUUGGCUGUACCACAAGUGUGCAUUCUGUGGAUCCUACAAUACCAGAGUAAUCAAGGUGGACUCAAGUCCUGAUUGUACAAGAUAGUCCUGUGUGUGUCAAUGGGAUUGCACACAGUAUCACAAGCGUGCGUUCUAUGGUCUUACCAGAGUAAGAGUAAUCUCGAGGUGGACUCCGUCCUCAUGAUAGUCCUCGAGGUCCACACAAUACCCUCCCCAC